AUGUUCAGGUCUUCAAAAUCUGUUCGAUAUAUUCGUUUCCCGUCAACUUAUUCGUUGGCGUCCAAUCUUGUGCGAUUUCAGUCUAGAUGGGCCGGCGUUCCUCAGGCUCCAUCAGAUAAAAUAUUAGGGCUCAGUUUGUUGUACACAUUAGACGCCAAUCCUAAUAAAGUCGAUCUAGGAGUGGGAGCUUAUAGAGACGGCAAUGGAAGCCCUUGGAUUUUACCGUCAGUUCGAAUGGCUGAGAAAAUCCUUCAAGACACGGAAUCUGACAAGGAAUAUUCUCCUAUUCUUGGUUCUCCCAAAUUCAUUCAGCUUGUGCAGAAGCUUUUGUUUGCGCAUGACACGAGUGGCUUUCAGCUAUUGGCGGAUGGCCGGAUCGUCACCGCACAGGGACUUUCGGGGACGGGUUCACUAAGAGUAUUGGCCGAGUUUCUUCAUAGGUUUCACAGCAACCAUCACGUGAAAGUACCAGAUCCUACAUGGACCAACCACCUAAGUAUUAUGAAAGACUCUGGACUCACUACAUCAGCAUACAGAUAUUAUGACCAGAAAUCAAAUGCAUUGGAUUUCGAUGGUCUGCUGGAAGAUUUAAGUAGAUCGGAAGAAGGUACCAUAGUGCUAUUGCAUCUGAGCUGUCAUAAUCCGACAGGUGUGGACUCUUCGCCAGAACAAUGGGACGAAAUUAUCAAGAUGCUGAGCGAAAGGAAUCUUGUUCCAGUGGUGGACACGGCAUAUCAGGGUUUUCAAUCGGGAGAUCCAGUGAAAGAUUUGGCAACACUAUUUAAAUUUAAUGAUGCCGUAGCCAUGGGAAAAAUCCCUACUUACCUAUUAUCGCAGUCAUUUGCAAAAAAUAUGGGUCUUUAUGGUGAACGUGUGGGUACAUUAUCGGUUAUCUGCUCAGGUCCUCGAGAAUCAGAGCGAGUUCGUUCUCAAUUGGCCAAGUUAAUCCGGCCCAUGUACUCGUCGCCACCUACGCACGGCUCAAAAUUGGUGGAAACUAUUUUGGGAAAUGAAGAUAUUUACAACCAAUGGUUGAACGAUGUAAAAACUAUGUGUGAUAGGUUAGACUCAAUGAGACUAUUACUUUAUGACAAGCUAACUGUCGAAUACAAUAGUGCUCUUGAUUGGGAACAUAUAAUAACCCAGAAAGGAAUGUUUUGUUAUACUGGUUUGAAUCCUCGUCAGGUUGAAAAACUUCGGAGUACAAAGUCCGUGUAUAUGACAGCUGAUGGCAGAAUAUCCAUUGCCGGCAUUUGUCUCAAAAAUAUCGACUACUUGGCCAGAUCUAUAGAUGAGGUGACAAAGGAAACAGCAUAA